AUGUCAUCCUUCCUGUGCUGGUUCCAGGAAAAUUUGUCCCAGACAUUUAAAUCUUUUAAAGAUGCUGUAAAGAAAGAACCGGCUAUUCAGGAGCAGACUAAGAAACGUAGGAGAGAAAGAUCUCCCUCUCUGUCUGAUAUCUCAUCAGGAGAAUGCUCUUCCUCCUCGCCUUCUGAUAUUUCCAGCCUAGCUUCAAGUGUGGAAGAGGGUUUUCCACCAGAGGAGCUUAAAAAAUGUAUAAAAGAAAUGGCGACAGCUGUACGGGAGCCAGAUCCUACCAAGGGUAAGGUUAAAGGUUUACCUAUGCUUCCUAAACUAAUGAAUCUCCUUCAAAGAGAAUGGAAGAUUCCUGAAAGACGGGCGUUUAUUUCAAAGCUUUUUAAACUUAUUUUCAAACUACAGUCUGAAGAGAAAUUGGAGGAUCUUCCCAAGGUGGACAUUCAGAUAGCCCAGCUGUCAAAGAAGACCACUAUACCCAUUGGCAAAGUCUCGGGACUGAAAGACCCAAUGGACAAGCGAGCUGAAACUUUGUAG